AUGGGCAUAGCAGAUGCCACAGCGGCAGACGUGGAGUCGGAGGAGGAGGAUGGAAGUGGUGGUUUGGGAGUGCGGUCAAUGUUAAUUGUCGGCGUGGAGGAUGAGGCAGAGCUGGACGAGGAGACGGCAGCCGGUGUAGUCCGGGUGCUACAGUCCGUGCGGAGGUGUCUAACAAGGCCGAUCGGUGCUCAGAUCCUCCGCUGACAGCGUGAAAAGGUCGGAGGUGGUCGAGGUUUGGCGUUGCAUGGCAGACGCAGUUGAGAUUUUCGAGCCUCGCUUUUGACUUUGACGGUGGCGAUGCUGUUAACUCCGUAGACCACCGCGCCUGUCUUCACUGCAUGCUAAAAUUUCUCGUGCGUUCCAGUACAUCCCUGCCCGGGAUCAGGUCCUGCCGUCUCAGCUUCAAUAUCCGUCGGAAAUGAUUGAGUCUUCGCGCCUGCUUCUUGUACACCGUCCGAGUCUCCGCUCCAUAAAGCAGCGUCGGUAUGAUGACCACCUCGCACAUCUUCAGUUUCUCGUUCAGUUAAAGACCGUGACGAUUCCGAACUGUGUUUUGAAGACGACCGAAGGCUUGGCUGGCCUUGGAAAUCCGGUGGGCCACUUCCUUGUCGAUUUUGGUGCUGCGGCAGAGGGUGCUGCCCAGAUACGUGAAAUUGUCCGUCACUUGCAGUUGGGUUCCGUUCAAAUUGAUUUGCUGCGCAUUGUGGGCAGUAUUGGGUGGCGGUUGAUACAUGACCACCGUCUUCUCCGUGUUGAUGAUCAGGCCGAAGUUCUCACAGACGGCGGCGGCGGCGAAGAGGUCCAUGCUCUUUUGCAUGUCCCCUUCGAAGGUGGUGUUGGGAACGCAGUCAUCGACGAAGAGAAGCUCGUGGACGGUAGUUGUGGACACGCGACUGGAAGGGCCUCCACCGACGUUUGA